AUUUGAUACUCUUUCACAGUCCGAUCAGUGACUCGGGCCCUUUUCACUAAUCAAAAUGACACAAGCAGAAGCCCACAACGACGCGGAUACCCUCCAUCUCCCCCGCAUUCUUUGUCUACACGGCGGCGGCGUCAACGCAGAAGUCUUUGAACUACAAUGUCGCGUUCUCAUCAGGCAUCUGAGCUCUUCCCUGCGUCUUGUAUUUAUGCAAGCCCCAUUUAUAUCUGCUCCCCAUCCGGACAUCGUCAGCGUUUACGGUGAAUACGGGCCCUUUCGGCGCUGGCUCCGAUGGCAGCCCGACCAUGAAGAGAUUGAGCCCGAGGCUGCCGCCGACUUGAUCCGGAACGAGACCCGCCGAGCCAUGGAGACUGACCCCGGGACCGGAGAGUGGGUCGGCAUUCUGGGUUUCUCCCAGGGUGCAAAGAUCGCAGCGAGUUUACUAUGGACGCAGCAACAGAUCACCGAGAAAUUUGGACCAGAUGAGGCCUUGACUCAAUUCAAGUUUGGUGUUCUCAUAGCUGGAAGAGCACCUCUCAUCACACUGGACCACCGACUGAAACAUCCACCACCAAUUGUUCACGCGGCACUGUUGAGCUCAGAGUUUACAGAUUGGCCUGAGUCGAACAAGGGUGAACAUGUCUUGAGUAUACCGACAUUACAUGUCCAUGGACUUCGCGAUGCUGGGAUGGAGCAGCACAGGAUUCUCUUGAACAAUUACUGCGAAACUGGCACAACAACCUUGAUUGAAUGGGAUGGUGGCCAUCGGAUACCGAUCAAGAGCCAUGAUGUAGGGGCUGUGGUACAUGAGAUGUUGAGGCUCGCCAAGGAUGCUGGAGUGCAGCUGCCCAACUGAGGCUUGAUUUUUGUAUCACUUUCUUUUAGGUGCAAAGAUUUGAUCAGAAGUGAUAGACGGUUAUAUAUCAUCACUUGCUAGGCCAACCUGCUUCUUCUUCUUCUUCGCAGGUCCUCCUCUUUAUAGCACAUUCGGCCACAAGGCUCUGAAUUUAUACCAGCGAUAAGAUCAAUUUCUUCCUCCCACUGAUAAUUAUAGAAAGUCUAUAU